AAUAUAUGUCAAGGGAUUGAAGAUGAAUAAAGUUCGAGCCGAAGUCAAGGCAGAGAUCAACAGGAGGUGAUUUUUUUGCGAAACAGGUUAAUUGAUGGCGAUGAUCGGGGCCAAUCUGAGAUUCGGUAUCGGCGCGUCGGGCAACGUGUCGUCGAACGCGACCAAGGUGUUCCAAUGUCAUCCAGGUGGGGCGACUGAGGCGACUCUGAUCUUCAGCCUCGGGGCCCUUGGCAUGGGGGCCAACUUUCUGCUGAUGGCCCUGAUCCUGGCCAAACGGCAAUUGCGCAGAUGGUCGCAAGGGCUGUUAUUUCAUCAAGCGAUGGUGGACUGCGCUCGAGCUGCGAUUUUAUUGCCCCUCGGAUCGAGCAUCCUGAACUGUCAGCCAAUGACCAAGUGUUCCCUGGUGGAGACAGCGUUUCUGCUGCUGGUGACAGUCUCGACGGUGAACAUGUUGACGACGGUGCUGAACGACAGUCCGAUUUUCCCGGAAACCGACGAGGAGGCAGACCUCGCCGCACCUUUGCUCAUGGACUCGCCACAGUGCGUGUUAUUCGGCACGUUCAUGAUAUGGUUCGCGAGCAUCACGAUCAACCUGGGGCCGACGUUUCUGAGCGGGGCGCUGGCCGCCAACACGGAGUCGGGCCACAAUGCGCCCAGCUGCCCCCUGGUGCACGGCCCGUUUCGCCACUAUAUACUAAACGUCCUCUGGAUCGCCAUCAACGUGAUCUGCGUCGCCCUCACCCUCGUCCAUCUACGGAAGCUGCACAAAGACCUGACCAAGGCGAACGUCGAAGCGGUAAAGGUAGCACUACUAACGAUUCUCGUGAAUACAACGGGUAACCAACAAACGAACGCGGUUCCUGAAAAUUCUGCCGCAUCCACGAACGGUGGCACGCCCAAGAGAGGCGGAGCGGCGGAGGAGCACCGGAAAAUGAGGAAUUACUUGAAGAGGAUGGAGAGGGAGGGCGUGCAGAGAGUGAAGAUGUUUCUAGUGAUCACCGCCGCGUACGGUAUCUUUUGGGGACCACUGUUCUUCGUCACUCUGGUGGAUCAUCCUAUCAUCGGGAAUCCAACCGGUUACGAGGUGACUCUACAUAUCGCGUACAUUCACGCAUUCGUGAACCCGGUGCUGUUCCUCAGCCUGCACCGCGGUCUCCGCCAAGGCCUUUCGGAGUUCUUCUGCGGCUGCUGCGAGGUGAUCGCCAGCUGGAUUCUGGGUCCAAGCAUCCCCGUGGAGAGCGUGCAGCCGCCGCGAUACCAGGAGCCGAUCGAGGCGGUGCCAUCGCCGCCGGAGCCGCCGCUGAUUCAACCGAACGCGUGCCCGGAUCUCACCGACGUGGCACUCCUCAAGCCACCGUUGCCACCAACCGGCAAGCAUUUACUGGACGACGCCAUGCUCGUAUCGCCGGAUCCGUGGACUCUGGUUUCGAGAUCGAAAAGCACGUCGAGCGUAUACGAGGAGGAUGAUAUUAGUAGAAGAUCGAGCAUUUUGUUACCCCCGCCCCCGAAGUUAACCGACUCGAAAGUGAACGUCAGCCCGACCAGCAGCGAUCUAGCUAGCGAAUGAACUUUCUUAUUGUUUCAAUUCGUCUCUCAACAAUCUCUUGCGCUGGACUGACGUGCCACGCACGUCGAGAACUUUUUGUCCCAAAAUUGCAACAUUAUCUCAGUUUUAAGUAUAUUUAAGUA